AAUAACUAAAGAUGGAAUCUGACUUCAAAAUGGAAUGCUUUAGGCACAAAUUAUUAGGGAAUAAAUAAUACAUAAUAUAAAUUAUUUCAAAUAAAAUUAUAAUAACGAACAUUUCAGACGAGCCAAAUACAAGCAAUGAAUUGGACAUAAAUUAUAAUUUAUUUGUUGAUUUUAAAGUCAAGAGAAAAUAAAUCCAAGCCAUUGGAUUUAUAACCGAUAAGCAUCAUUGGUAUUAUGCGGACAGUGAAAAUUUGAUCAAAUUAAAAUAAAUUUUGGGAGGUAGAGUAGUGUUUAAAGGGAUAAAUACCUUAUAUAAUCCCUUAUAGUAAAUUGGCCAAGGAACUUUCUCUAAUGUUUAUUUAUUACAAAGCAAAUUAAACAGCCUUGAAUAUUUUGCUUGUAAAUGUUUAGACAAAGUUUAAGUUCAUGAAAAGAUUGGUAGAGUAAUAAAUAUAGUUAAUUUUUUAGUAAGGAUUGUUUGAUGAAAUAUAAGCGAUGGUUGCUUUGAAGCAUCAAAAUAUUGCUGAACUAUUAGAAGUAUAUGAAGGAGAUGUAUAAUAUUAUAUGGUAAUGUAAUAUUAUGAUCUUGAAUUCACUGAUAUAUUAAAAGAAUUGAAUAAUGAAGACAUCCAUAUAAUAUUUAAAUAAUUAGUUACAGCCGUAAAUUUUAUGCAUGAAAAUGGUUAUAUGCAUAGAGAUUUGAAACCAGAGAAUAUAAUGUUUAGCGAUUGUAUAUAUUAAUUGAGAAUAAUUGAUUUUGGUUUGACAACAAGAGAUUCUGGUAAAUCUAAAUGUGGUACACCUGGUUAUGUUGCUCCUGAAAUAUUGAAUUUGGAUACAAAGAUUAAUGAAUACAAUGAAAAAUGUGACAUCUUCUCAUUAGGAGUUAUUUUUUAUAAGAUGUAAAACUAAAUAUUAUGUAUUAGGUUGACAUCUAAUGAUUUAUUUUAAGGCUCUAAUCAUGAAGAGAUUUUAGAAAAUAAUGCUAAAUGCAAUAAUAAUUUUGAUAUGUUAAAGGGAAAUGCUAAGAUUCCAAAAUAAGCUAUAGAUUUAUUGAAAAAAAUGUUAUAGAUUGAUCCAACAUUAAGAAUAGAUUCAAAAUCGAUUUUGUAACAUUAAUAUUUUACAGUGGAAGAAUAAAAUCAUAAUAAUACGAUAAAUAGUUCAAAUCAUCUUUCAAGAAAGCAUUCAUCAGUUCUGAAGAUAUUAUCUCCAAUAUAAAAGUAAAAUGGUAUGUUUAUUUCUCCUUUUUCAAUACAUGAUGAGGAAUGCAUAGAAAAUGAAGCUCUUAUGUAACCAAUACCAACAGUUAUAAUGAAAGGAGGAUCAUUAAAAGAAAUAGCUAAAUCUAAAACACCUGAAAAAAGUAGAAAAUAAUCAAAAGAUAUAACAAAAAAAUAUUAGACUAGCGAUUUUGAUGAUGUUGUUUUAGAGACACAAUAAAGUAAUUAUAGGCCUCCUAAACCAAGUUAGUUAUCAGAAAUGUAUAAUAAAUGA